UGCUCAAAAGAAUUAUUGAUUUUAAGUUGUAUACAAACCGAAGUGAUCAUAGGCGAAUAUUAUCCGGAUAUAAAUGCACUACUUGGUGGAUGCGCUACCACAGAGAAAGAAAAGCUAAAGAAACAACUCGUAAAACAUCUCUCAGCACUGAGUGUAAAUAGUACUAGCAAUAAAGAAGUGUGGAUAUACUACCACAAAGGUAAUUACCUAGAAGUCUUACAAGCGAGAAAAGUUAAAGGAAAGAAUAACGGGACAAAACCAGCGGCAAACGGUGAUUCUUAUCGAACAGAUAUCGUAUCAACUAGAGGUUGA